UGGCCGCCUGUUGCGCAACGGAAACUUGGAAUGCGCAGUCGUCUUGAGCGUUUUUCUCUGGUCUUAUUGUACUAUUUAUGUUAGUUAUUAUUGUUGUUCGUAUUUACUCAUUGUUUAAAUUAAUACAACUGUUGUAAAUUUAACAAAAACUGCAUUUUCUUUUCUGUUUAUACUUUCAUUCGUACUUCCUCCUCAUGACCUCCACAAAACCAAAUUCCAUUAAUUGUGAAUGUGGCCUAAUUUGUGAUAAAACAAUCAUGUCAAAUACGAUGGCCAUUGGCCACUCCCGUUUAAGUUUGUUAGGUUAUAUUUUCUGUUAUUGUCUCCAUUUUAUUUUAUUUGCUGAACUUGUUAAACAUUGUUAGUGAAGCGGUUUUACGAAUUUUCUAAGACGAUGUCGGAGCCAAGCGAAGAAACGAUAUCUCCAACGAGUCAGCCGGAAUGUUCGACCGACGUUGACUCGUCCUCCUCAACUGUUACUUUAUUUAGCUACUCAGAUAUUGCUUUGGACUCGGACCCUCUGGAUGGAACCCUGAAUGUCUCUGGAGAAGGUGAUAGGGAGGAAAGUGAAAAAGAGGAGCACGAUCAAAAUAAUGAAGACAGUCAAGAGCAUUAUGAGGGUCACAAGGAAGAAUAUGAUGGUAACGAGGAAGAGGAUGAGUAUGAUGAUGAAAAACUUGAUGAUGAUGAUGAUGAAGAAUAUGAUGAUAAUGAUGAGAAACAGGAUAUGGAAUCAAUUGAACUUAGUGAGGUUGAUUUGCUUCAAAGCAACCUUGAAACUCUAGCAGAUUAUGGCAAAUUUGACUUGCAAGCAAGACCAAAUAGAUACCUGGAACUAGUCGAGGGAUUUAAAAAUUACCAUUUUUACCUGAAUGUUCCCUAUGCAGGAAAAUUUCUAAAAUGGGAAUUGAUUUUUGACCCAGAAGACCUAAUGGCCCUUCCUGAUUUUGACUUCAAUGAUUGUUCCUUCUUAUCAGAACCAGAUAUAAAUUAUAUCGCUGAAAAUAUUCCUAGUUGGGACAAUUGGGAUCUUAAUGACACAGACAGUAUUUUGAAUAUAAUCAAGGAGUUUUUAGCCCUUUAUGGUAAAACUCAGCUUGAUAAGCUGCUUAAGGAAAACAAAUACUGCAAGUUUAAAGAACAAUAUGAAGAAUUGCUCAACAAAAUGGACUUGACCCCCGACAAAGUUGAGGUGCAAAUUGAAACCAAGAAUGAAUCAGACUAUGGAGGCACAACUGAUGACUUUAUUGCCAUCAAUUUUUUAGUAAAUUUACCCAUUGAUUUCAGUAAAUUACUGGAAUAUUCUCAACCUGGUCUAGUAAUAACAAAUCCAGGAGAAGAUUAUGCGCACCUCCACAUUCAGUUUAGAAAAUUGGAUCAUCCACAGACCAAAGUGGCGUUAAAUUUGAGUGCUAGGCCAGAGCAAGCCCUUGAAAGACUGAGGGUUGCCAAACUAGGCAAAGAUGCCACCUUGUACGAGUACGUUAAGACGUUUAAAAGCAUCAUAGACAAUCAAAUCCAGUUACUUUGGGACCGUUCUGAGGCAAGAGGUGAAUUUAUUGCUGCUAUAGUAGCCCAUUUUGCAAAAAGCAUUGUGGAGUAUGACUGCACCAGAAAUACUAAAAUCAGCUUCAUUUAUGAUGAAACCGAGGAUUAUACCGCGUUGGUAACAGUGAAACUGUCACACGAUUAUCCGAGAGAUAAACCGAAGAUUUUGCUGCAAUCGAUUUUUUGUCAAGUAGGAAAGUUUUGUCAGGCACCGGUUAUAUUUCAUAAUUACGAUGCCGAGGGGACAGUUGAACAGAAUAUAAUGAAUUUUAGGGAGGUGCUGAAAGUGGAAGUACCUAACUUUCAGAAUCAUAAGCAUUGAGAAGACUGAUUUGUUUGUGAUAAUUACUUGACCUAAGAUGUUCAUAUUUAUUUAUAAGGCAGACGCUAAAUGCUUUGAAAUUCGUUUUUUUUUAUGGUAUACUUGACUGACUCAACAGUUGUUUUAAGUAAAAUUUAUACUGUUGGAAGAAUUCAUAAUUAGUUACCUAUUUUUUGGGAUUUCAGUAAAUUUUAAUUAGGAAAAUAUUAUCUCAAUUAUUUCAAUAUUAUGUUAAAGGAAAGUGGUACAUAGCUACUUCUUCAGUUGAUUUUAAUAAUACAUCAAUUCCUUUGCCAAAGGGAGGUAAAACAGGGCAUUCUUAAAAUUAAUUGAUAAGUGGAAAUAUAUUUUAUUCAUGUAUUUCCUAUUAUUAACUUACGUUAGGAUCAUACCCUUAAACUAGUCAAAAUGUAAUUUGUAUUUUAUUGUUACUUUUCAGAACGCUUUAUCAAAGUCAAACAAGUGUUAAUUUAAAACAAAAAGUUUUGAUUAAUUGUUUUGAGAAGCAUCAAAAAGAUACAAAAAUGGUAAGUAGUUUUUUAUAUAUUUAAUUUUAUUUUAAUUACCUUGCUAAUAGUACUAGAUUAAACUACCUAAAUGUUGGAUCAAAUUAGGCCUUCUUACUCCAAAAAUGAUGAAUUUCAAUAAGAAAUAAUGGUAGAUGGGUUGAUAGUUAGAACCUCAGCUUCUGGAUAUAUAAAAAAAACUUUUCAUACCUCAAGUAAAUUAUUUAAGACUUAUGGAUAUAGUUUAGGUCAAAUAUAACCCAAGGCACAUUAAAGAUUUAAGUUUAUAUAUUAUUUUCUUAAUUAAUAUUUACUGACGUAAUACCCAAGAAAGUAGGUAACUAAAACAAUAAUGCAAAACUGUAAUAAAAAUGUUUCUUAGCAUAUAUGGAAAAUCUAAAUUCUUUUAAAUUUUAGUAGAUACGAAAAAGGUCAAGUAUAUACAAAAUUGAUCGUGUAUAAUAAAAUAUGUUUGAGAACGUUUUGAAGAAUUUGUCAAUGUUAGGUGGAUUGAAUUCUUUGUAAAGUAAUGUGCCUACAGAUGUAUUUAUUUUGUAUAAUAUUAGUUUUAAAGUGCAAAUAGGUUUUGUAAGUUCUUACGAUAUACGUGUUAAAAAACUAUGCAGCCAAAACAGAAUAUUGAACUUGUAUAAAGCUUCUGUUAAGAUCUUAUAUCAUUUAUUUGUUUUUAGAUUUAAUUCCUCUAAAACGCUUGUAUUUUCUGUGUCAAAAUACCAAAUACACGUAUGUCCAGUCAUAUUUUUGUAUAUUUUUGCAAUAAAUACGUAUAUAAAUAUCUUUAUAUAUUCACUUGAUGCAACUCAAAAAAAAAU